UCUCGGCCACCACAGACCGGAGAAGAUGCUGCCUCUGUUGUGGUGGUGGCUGUGCCUCGGCCUGUGCAGCCUCCUGGUGGGUCAGGCGGAGGCCCCGAGCCCUGUGGAGCCGCCGGAACGGAGCCGGCCGUACGCGGUGCUGCGCGGGCAGAAUUUGGUGUUGAUGGGAACCAUUUUCAGCAUCCUGCUGGUGACCAUCAUCCUUAUGGCAUUUUGUGUCUACAAGCCCAUUCGACGUCGGUGACAGCUGAGCAAGCACGUUCUUCCACACGUAUCUGGGAACAGGAUAAAUUGUGUUGCAAACAGGCCAUUGGAGAAGCUGGAUUCAGAACUUUCCUAUUUGGAAGUGACCUUUGGUCUGGACAAUUGGUAAAUGCUAAAUGAUUUAGAAAAAAACAUCAACUAGCAAUUAUUUUUUUCCUAACACUGUAAUGCAAAUAAUUUGCCAUUGAGUCUACUUAUCAAUGUUUCUUUUUAUAUCUGGCUGUACUUGUUAAAAGUAAGACCUGAGGCUCCAAGGUUCAGUGUAAAGAAGAAGUGCUCAUGAGAAAGAAAACAUGGAAACACUGCGAGUAUUUGUAAAAGAACCACACUGGAAGGGACUACUCAUUAAUGCUUGAAAUAGUAAUAAGAGGAAGACAGUGUAGACAUUCCCUACUUAAGAACCAUUUGGUCACAAUGUGUUAACCAUCACAAAUGUUUUUCAUUAUAUUGAGUUGACAUAGAAUGCUAGAAUGACUUUUGGUUACAAAAGUCAGAUGUGACCGUUGCUUCUUACCUGCAUCUGGCUGUGCACUCAGAUGCCCGCACUGAAGUCAGGGUCACAUGAGUUAGGCCCGUUACCACGUGCAACCUUGGCCUGGAAGGCUCUGGGGUUGGACCAAAAUGUGACUAGUCGGCCCAUCUGAAAAAGAUCUCCGUCCUGCACAAAUACAUUGAUCUCCCUUGUACUGCACUUAAGCCUUUCCAGCCCAUGGCCUAAAACUUCUGGUAGCUUUUCAGAUUUUGAAUCUGAGAAACUCACCAGGAGCUCCUUUUCAGCCCUGGGUAGGGAGGGCUCAACCAGCAGAAGUGCACGUUCACUGUGUUGGGCUGGUGUGUGUUUACACAAAUUUAAUCUCAACUUUGAAAAUGCUGCUAUUAGUUUGCACUGUUGGUGAACUGGAUUUUUCCCCCCCACUGAAAUACUUUUGUACUUAAAAAAUGGUUGUCAGUAUUUAUUUUAAAGGAGCUAGAUUUUUUUGUUAUUAAAUUAAAAUGCUUAUCUUGUGCUCCAAGCACAGCACUGAUCUUUUAUUUUUUUUUAAACAACCUGCAUUUAAUGUGAAAUAACUGAUAUGGGAUACUGUAACUGACCUAAGAAUUUUGUUUGUAGCCUUAUAACUUAGAGCCAUUGAA